ACAAGUAUCUUUUUUUCUCAGGAAACGGGGGUAGAAAAGAUGAGCCAGUUUGCACUUUGUUGUGGGAUAUACAGGCAAAGAGUAAAACCCGAAGGCCAUGUUAAUCAAGCACGUGUGCUCACAAGGAGAGACUGCGGUGAGAACAUGGCGUCUUUCUUUGUGGUAACCAGGCACACGAGGAAUCUCCAUCUCUGCUUCUUGGGAUGGGUACUGGCCCUCACGCGUGGUGGCAGGAGCGGAAGACAUUUUAGGAAGUCAGCGUAAGUUUCAGGCUGACACCAAACCAAGCCAAAGAUUUUAUCAUGUGGGCAACCUGCUGCAACUGGUUCUGCCUGGACGGACAGCCUGAGGAGGCCCCGCCGCCCCAGGGGGCCCGGGCGCAGGCCUAUUCCAACCCCGGGUACAGCUCCUUCCCUUCUCCAACAGGCGCAGAACCCAGCUGCAAGGCCUGUGGGGCCCACUUCGCAAACAUGGCCAGGAAGCAGACCUGCCUGGACUGCAAGAAGAACUUCUGCGCUACCUGUUCGAGCCAAGUGGGGAACGGGCCCCGCCUCUGCCUUCUGUGCCAGCGGUUCCAAGCCACGGCCUUCCAGCGGGAGGAGCUCAUGAAGAUGAAGGUGAAGGACCUGAGGGACUACCUGGACCUCCAUGACAUCUCGACGGAGACGUGCCGGGAGAAGGAGGAGCUCGUGUUCCUGGUGCUGGGCCAGCAGCCCGCGGCCCCCCAGGAGGGCAGGACUCGCGCCCCCGCCUUCCCCCCCUCGGGCUCCCCCGAGCAGCAGGCCUUCCUGGGCCAGCAGCCCUGCUCCAGCACCGCACCAACUACCUCAGCCACCUCGGCUGGCUCCCCUUCUCCACCCAUGCAGACCGCGUCCACUCCCGCAGCCCCGGCUCUGGAGAAUCGGCAGGCCAAUGGCCACGUGUCUCAGGACCCAGGAGAGCCCGUCUACCCGGAGAGCGCAGCCGGAGCACCUGCUGAGGACGAGACCCAGUCCAUGGACUCAGAGGACAGCUCCGUCCCGGGCCGGAGGGCGUCUCUGUCUGACCUGACCGACCUGGAGGACAUCGAGGGCCUGACUGUGCGGCAGCUGAAGGAGAUCCUGGCUCGCAACUUCGUCAACUACAAGGGCUGCUGUGAGAAGUGGGAGCUGAUGGAGAGGGUGACGCGGCUGUACAAGGACCAGAGAGACCUCCAGCACCUGGUGUGCGGGGCCGAAGACCAGAACGGGGGAGCGGCGCCGCCCGGCCUGGAGGAGAACCUGUGCCGCAUCUGCAUGGACUCGCCCAUCGACUGCGUCCUGCUGGAGUGCGGCCACAUGGUCACCUGCACCAAGUGCGGCAAGCGCAUGAGCGAGUGCCCCAUCUGCCGGCAGUACGUGGUGCGCGCCGUGCACGUCUUCCGGUCCUGAGGGCUCCGGCCGGCUUCUUCAGUGCCUUACGGGGACUCGGCGUGCGGCGUCCGGGCUCAGGGCCGGCCGGCCGGCCUGCAGGGGGCAGGCCGGCGGGAGUGUCUGCCGUGUUCCCGAGACCGGGUCGAGCAGAGAUGCUGUGGCGCCUCUGGGCACGCCUGCCUUGCCGCGGAGGCGCAGCCCGUGGCUGGCGGGGCCCGAGGCGGGGCGGACUGGCACGGGCCGCUUGGGCGAGUCCCUGCUUCUCUGACCUCGGGUGACGGCGGUAACCGAUGAGGAGAGAGGACUUUCCAGAACUCGGAUCACACCUCCCUCCCUCCCGUACCCCACCCAGCCCCCCGAGCUGCCUGCCCGUGUUUCACCCAUCAGAAGUCUCGGUACACAUGGUUCUCUUCCUCCCCAGCUCAUCUGGAUUUAUUUCUGGUUUCACGGGCUUUCUGUGCGUUAACCGGCCUUCGCUAAAGUUUCUUGCUGCAUUGCCUAAAACCCGUUUGUUUCCUCAGACCAAAAAGGUGUUAGCUUGCCAGACCCGUGGCGAUCCUUAGGACAGAGUUUGGACCAUCCGAGCUAUCUCUGGUGAGGAAUGAGACACAGAUGCUUCCAGAGGCAUUAAAGUUGCUUCCUUC